AUGGGUUCUGACUGCUUUCUCUGUUGGUUUGUAAACAUGGAAGCAAGGGAUAAUGUUCUAAUUGGUGGUCCAUGGUAUGUGGCUGGUCAGAUCAUUGGAGUGGAGAGGCUUCCAAAUUUACCAUUAGAAUAUUGGGAUGAAGCUAAUUUGGCUAGGUUGGCUAGGGGCAUUGGGGAACCAUUACUAAUGGAUGAGCAAACUAAACUUUGGAAUAGAUGUGCUUUUGCGCGUAUCUGCAUUAGAUUGGAUCUAUCUAAGAGAUUACCAAAGGAAAUUUGGGCUCAUGGUUUGGAAGGUGCUUUCUUCCAACCCAUUGAAUAUGAAUGCAUUCCUCUAAUCUGUUUAAAAUGUGGAAGGGUUGGCCAUAAAGCUGAAUUGUGUAAGGAGAUGUGUAUUCCACCUAAGCAGCAGGGCUCAAAGAUUGGUGAUUCACAGAAACUGGGAGGUACUGAGGCAGCUGGAUCGGGAUUGAAGCAUGAACCUGCUUGUGAUGGUAAGGGGGGAGUUUCAAACUCUGUAGCUGUAGAUGCGGAUCAUGGGGAAUGGACUAUUGUCACUAGGAGGAAGAGAUCUGUUAAUAAUACUAGAUCGAAACCUCAAUCUGUUAGUAGCAAGCAGACUAAUCCUUCUACUAAAUCUGUUUGGAGAGAGGUUAAUAAGAUGUAG